AGUCUGGCGGUCAGCCUGUGCGCAGCGUCAUAAUAUCCACUUGGAGAUCGGGCACUACAUUCCUGGGUGAGGUGUUAAAUGCCAUGCCAGGUAAUUUUUAUCACUACGAACCACUUUUAAAAUUUGGUAUUAUACAAAUUCGAGGACCUCCAUAUGCAGACAGAGCCAUGAGCACUAUCAAAAAUAUGUUAAAAUGUGAUUAUGAGGGCAUGGAAGACUACUUCGAAUAUGGAAGAACCCACUUGCACCAGUUCAGCCAUAACACAAGACUAUGGGACCAUUGUAAAUAUAAGAAAGAUCUGUGUGUUGAUUCUGAUUUCACAGCAAAGCUCUGUAAGCUGUUUCCCUUCCAGAGUAUGAAAGUUGUGAGGUUUAGAUUACGUCUUAUUAAGGAGUUAAUAGAGGAUAAAGAGCUUAAUGUAAAAGUGGUGCUUUUGAUACGCGAUCCACGAGGUGUGAUGCAGUCGCGCCAACACCGCAAUUUCUGUAAGCCAUCACCUGAUUGCUGGAAACCAGAGCUUCUUUGUGCAGACAUGAUCAGCGACUAUGUGGCAGCAGGUCGUUUGCUCAGCCAAUAUCCUGAUCGACUUAUGGUGUUGCGAUACGAAGAACUAGCUUUAAACCCCAACACAACGACGCAAUUAUUGCUAAAGUUCCUAAGGCUCGGUCCCACGCAGUCGGUGGACGAGUUUCUCCACUCCCACACCAACGUGGAGGUGGCCGGCGUCAGUUCCACGUACAGAGUCUCCCGCGAGGUGCCUUUCAGGUGGAAGAAUGUUCUAGACUUCAAUUACGUUGACGAAAUUCAGAUGGCGUGCAAGGAGGCGAUGGAGCUGUGGGGCUACCGCGCCGCGCACAACGCCUCGCACAUGGCCGCCAAGGACUUCCACCCGCUCGUGCCCUACACCAUCACGCAGUGAGCCCUCCGACGAACCAUUUGAUAGGCUCACUCCAGUUCAUUCACACUUUUGUCAAUGGACUCACAUCGAAAAAUUCUAUUGGCUGUUUCCUACAUACCAAAAGCAUUUUUAUUGCGAAAAUAAUAUUAAGGCAUUGUGUAGGUAAGCGAAAAUGAUGAUACAUUUAAAAUAUUAGGUUGUAUUGAACAUAUUAUUUAUUAAUUGGAAUGAUUUAUAAAACACAGACAAAACUAUCGAUAGUCAGUAUUCAUUUUAUAGUAGAUAUUAUGUUUGUGAUUAUGUAAGGAAUAUUUUUAUACGAAUGUUUAUUUCUUUCUUAUUUAGGAUAGUCUUAAUUUUUAUUUCUUUGAUAUAUUUUUAAGACUGAUCACAUUUCCAUUAUCGAUAUUCUUCCAUACGUACAUGUCGAAUGACGCUUCAAGUAUUAAGACUUUAUCUAAAGUAUGCGUUGUACGUAAAGAUCUGGGAUUUUUUAUUGUUUGUUAGUUCUUAUAAUGAGUUCGGUCUUGUGACAUACACAAAGGUACUGGUUGUGUGCGAAAUAUGGGUACGAUAAAUAAAAAUGUAUAUCAAAUUGUAAAAGAUGGACCAUUUGUAACAUAGAGGUUAGGUUUGCUUGAACCAAUUGGUUUGACUUUUAAAAGUACAAAAUCGAACGAUUCCCAAAUGUCGGGUUGGAGCAACUGUAGCCUCUUCCAUUAAUGCGUGUGAAUUAGCUUAGAUGAAUUAGCACUCACGGAAUUGACGAACAUUGAUGCUUCCAUACACGAGUAGUAUAGAAGCACGUUUUGAUUAGUAUAUCGAAUGUAAAAUUAUUAAACAAUGAAUAUUACUCACAAAUACAUUAUGUGUAGUGUAUUCUUCAGUUGGGUACAGAAAUGUAAACAAUUAUCUACCCAUUUCACUAAUAACAAACCUGUUCGUUGUAUGAGUGUAUUUCUAAAACGUUUGUGAUAGAUAGCUCUGUGUGAACCUGUGUGGGUAUAGCAUAUAGUAUACAUAUUUAAAUGGUCUUAACCAGAAUGGAUCGUUAUAGGAUUUUUUUGAAUCAUGAGUACAUUGAUUGUAUACAUAUCUGGAAUUGGUUGGUGAAUGCACUAUACAUAACGUUUGACCAUGGUACAUAGACUAGGACGUAACAUUUACAGUCUGUUAUAGGAUUUGACAAUCGAUAUUAUAUUAUGGCAAUAGUAGCACAAAGUUGAAAAUCGAACACCCUUUUUGGAAUGCAUUAAGGUAUUUUAAGUAGUUAUAUACGCUGAUACUGUAUCCGAAUACAAUGUAAAAUAUAUUCUAAUUGAAACAAUUAUGUGUAAUAUCCGUCCAUGAGAUGAAAUACGACUGUCUACACCAAAUCCUAAACAUCU